AUGGUCUUCGCAGAGAUUGUGGGUACCCUUUCGUUCCUCCAACCACAAGCAGACGACGACAUUUUUGACAGGUUACACUAUUACUAUACAACCACAUUUCUAUUGUUGACUGCUGUAAGUGAAAAGGGUUUGAGUAUUAACUAACAAUAUUAAAAUGAACUCAAAAUGCCAUUUUUCAGGUAUUGAUUUCAUUGAAAAUGUUCGGAGGACGACCGAUAGAAUGCUGGCUACCGGCAGAAUACAAAAGUAGUUGGGAGGACUAUACAGGUACACACAUAUUCAUAGAAUAAAUCAAACAUCCUUUUAGAAAUGUACUGCUGGGCUCGAAAUACGUACGUGACUGCUUUCGAAGACGACAACCUUCCAGAAGUGGUUAACAGAGAUUACACAAUGGCAAAUACACUCACCGUUUUCUCUAAACUAAACCGUUGUUUUUCCACUAGGUCUCUUACUAUCAAUGGGUACCGUUUUUCCUGGUCUACGUGGCGCUGAGCUUCUACGCUCCCUGCCUGCUCUGGAGACUUUUCAACGACAAAUCCGGUAUUCGGUUGCGAGAUAUCAUGAGUUUCGCAAACGACAAAGCAAACGUGGUGCCGACUACGAGGACAGCGAAUAUCAGAGGACUCGCGGCGCACUUGUCGUCGGUGUUCAAGCAUAGAUUCAGAUUGGGAGAGAAGCAUCCGUAUCAUCAUAAGUAAAGAAAUAGAUCUAUUUAGGGCUACUUUGUAUCAAUCAAUUAAUGUGUUCCCUUUCAGAGUCUUUAGGUUUCUAAACAUUCGCUACUACGAAUCCUACCUGACCUACAUGUACUUGGGCAUAAAGUGUAUGUUCCUCAUGAACGUUCUAUUACAGGUAAUAUCUUACACUAUUGGUACCUCGGCAUUUCUUAGCAAAGUUUAAGCUAGCACAUCAUAACCAACUUUUAAAUGUAACUUGCGCAACCUUUUUUGUUCUUUCAGGCAAACUUUAUUUGGGGGCGUGGCCUUACGAAUUUUUUUGUUCAUCUCCAUUUUUCGUUUUAGCCGAGAUAUUGUCGAAAAAGUGCAAAACUGGGACUUGGUUUCGAAAAAUCGGUAAAAAAACAAAAAUGUAGAAAAUAUGACGAACUUUAAGAAAUCAGUUAUAAACUUUACACGAAAAAAAUUAUCAAAAAGGAUAUUCAAGAAAAUAAACAAAAUUUUGAACUGAUGUACAACAUUUUGACUUAACCCACGGACAGAACCAUCACCAUUAGAUUCAGCGCCCAAAAUAAGGGCCGUAUGCAAAAAUCCAUCUGUGCGAAAUUGUUUAGACGGGAAAAAGUUAUCGAGAGUUUACUUUUUCAGUGAUUCUUCACAACUCUACUAGAUCGUGAAGUCAUAACUCCUUUAUGGGGUUAUUUAGGAUGUGAAAAAAAUGAUUGUUUUCCGUUUUUUUUCGUUUUUUUACGUCAAAAAAUCCAAUUCAGCGAUAUAAAAAAAAAGAAAAAAACGGAAAACAAACAUACGCUGAAUAGCCCCAUUACAAGAGGAGACAUCAGAAAAUGGUCAACUACAAAGUUGGAGACAUACAUAUUUUUUACGUUCUGUCUGGCAAAAGUUUGUUUUCUGACUAACUUUCCCUUUAGUGAAAAGUGGAUCUUUGAAUUUGAAUUUGACAGAGAUACGAUUUUUUGAAAACGAGUCCCAUUUUUGCACUUUUCUCGGCUAAAAGCGAAAAAUGAAGAUGAACCCCCCGGGGCUAUUUUUAUCCUUCAUGGGACCUUUCAAUCCCCCCUGGUCCGAGUCAAACCCCGCUCGGCAGAUCGGGUACUUUCAUUGUCAGUUUCUCAUGAAAACUUACUGUUCUCUCGAAAAAAAACGCGAAAACGAAAAUGAAAGUCAGUCUGAGAGCCCGUGUGGCCACAUUUAUGGCUACACGCGGCUAAUUUUCAAAUAUUUUACAGUUCAAGUGAUGAUGGGAAUCCGUUUUUGAAGUCAGAAUCGGAAUAGCUCUUGUCCGUUUUUUUUUUGCAGACCCUCAAACUGAAACAAAAAAUUGUGAAAAAUGUUCAGCAAUGACUAUACUUUUUUAUUUUCGGAAUCGCUAGAUAAACUCCUUGAGAACCCAAAUAUAAAUUUUCAGAGCCCUAGACUCCCUGGGAGCAUUUUUGUGUUCAUUUGAAUGGAGCUUGUUCGGUCAAAAUUUUAGUUUUCGUGGGGAUUUGAGGGUCAGAAGUACCGUACAUGCGGUCAAUUUUUACACCAUCGGAUUCAGCAUAAAAUUUCCGACCGAUCCAUGCGAAAUAUUUUCAUUUAGCUGUUGUCCGAAAAAAGUUACAGUCAGUUAUGUUUUGGAUUUCAGCCCGCAAAAGCACUAAUUUCACCAUUAGAAGGGGCCGCGCACACCGACAUUUUCAACGCCAUUGGCGUAUUUUUCUCUUUAUUUGCUCAAACUUUGCAGCGAAUUGCCGAGACCUUUGAAAUGUUCCGUUCAGAUGUAUCUUAUGAGCCGAUUCCUGGAGCUCGACUCGCAUCGCUACUACGGAUACGGUUUCCUGUACGACCUUGUGUUCGGGCGAGGUUGGAAAGAGUCGUCAAACUUUCCGGUCGUGACCUACUGUGACAUGCAGAUCCGAAUACUGGGUCACGUGCAGAGACACACGGUCCAGUGCGUGCUGGUCAUCAACAUAUUCACCGAAAAGAUCUUCUUCAUGCUGUGGCUCUGGUACACGGUCCUCUCGUUUUUCUCGUUCGGCUCCAUUCUCUACUGGAUCUUCUCCUCGAUUCCGUUCGAUAAACGCCGUCAAUUUGUGGCUCGCCGUCUUGAAAUGGCAGAUGUUCACUUCGAAAGAGGACGGUACAAGAUGGAACUCGAUGAGUUCGUCCGCGACUACAUCAAGAUCGACGGAAUAUUCGUGCUGCACAUGAUCACGAUUCACUCGGGGGUGCUCAUGUGCACGGACAUUGUGGAUACCAUGUGGGAUCAGUUUUUGACGGAAUCCGGCCACGGAAUCAUUGCCUCGUUGUUGGAAGAGAAGAGCCAUUUGGGCGACGACGACAGAGCGCCGUCGGCCGGCGGAAUGUCCAUCGAACAAGGUGAGCAACUUUCUCGUUUUAUCAUCACUUCACCGCUCCUGCCCCCUGAGAAAAGCCCGCGAAGUUCAAAUGGGGCCCCGCCCCUUCAGCGUUCAAUUCUUGCAAGUAGCGCGCGCAGUUUUCGCAACGGUGCCGCACGCAUUGCUCUGAACACAGAAUUCUUGAAAAUUAAAGCAGAAAAUUAUUUUUUUGUUAUCAAAACCUAUUCCGUCGCCUUGUUGCAUUUUCUUUUCAGGAAAAAAAACACUAAAAACCGACAACGAAUUUUUUUCCACUUGUUUUUUUCACUGUCGAACUGUAGAGCAAAAUGCGUGCGGCAGCGUUGCGAAAACUGCGCGCGCUACUUGCAAGAAUUGAACGCUGAAGGGGCGGGGCCUCAUUUGAACUUCGCGGGCUUUUCUCAGCGGGCAGGAGCGGUGAAGUGAUGAUACACUAAUGGGGCUAUUCAGCGUAUGUUUGUUUUCCGUUUUUUUUCAUUUUUUUACACCGCUGAAUUGGGUUUUUUGACGUAAAAAAACGAAAAAAAAACGGAAAAAAUCAUUUUUUUCACAGCCUGAAUAACCCCAUAAAAGUGAUUAUUUCAGGUCUCCGACGGAAAACGUCUGUGCUGGUCCCUUUGAUGAGUCGAGAAGACCUCAACCAAGAGCCGUCUUUUCUGACUCCCGCUCCACAAUUCCUUCGGCCGACGAGCAGUCGCAUGAACUCGGCGGCCAUUGUCUGA